AUGGCGCAGAGAAGCAGCCUCGCACUCCCCCGUGAAGCGCCUGUCCUUGCCGUUUGCUUUUUGGCAUGCGUAGCCACAGGUUUGGAACUGUCUGUAAAUAACCACGCUGCUGACUUCUCCCUGUCUACAUUGCCUGGCCGUUCCGUCUCCCUCUCCUGCCUAGUACAGAACAGCAGCCAGGCUGAGGAGCUGCUCUGGUACCGAGGAGGUGGGAAAGUGGAUCUGAAAGAUGGGAAUAAAGUGAACAUCAGUAACAUCUGCGUAUCCCCAGUCACCGAGUCCGACAACGGAGUCACCUUCACGUGCAAGCUGGCACGGGAAAAGUCUGUCCAGGUGUCUGUGAUCCUGGAUGUGCAGUUUCCUCCCCAGCUGACUGAAGAAGAGUCCUUCCAAAUCGAAGAAGACAAAGACGUUACUCUGACCUGCAACGCCAAAUCCAACCCUCAAGCCCAAACAGCUUGGUAUAAGAACAACACCACCUUGACCCUACAGCAAAAUCGUUACCAGCUGUACCAGACAAGCGAGGUCUUUCAGCUCUCUAUCAAAAAAGUACAGAAGUCUGACAACGGGACCUACACCUGUGUGGUGAAAUCUUCUUUGGGAGAGGCGAGGAAGGAUUUCCACCUGAUAGUUGAAGAUAAAAAACCUGUUUUUCCCAAGGAGGCCGUUAUUGCUGCUGUCGUGGUGGUUACACUCACGGUGCUUUUUGGAAUUGUGGCUCGAAAAGAUAAAAUUUUUAAGUGCUUCAAAAGAUCAAGUGAAACAGCUCUGUAAAGACCACAAGGUUCCUGUGCACGCC